CACGGUUGCAGCUGCGGUGCCUCCUGCCAGUGCCCUGCCGGCCAGUGCCAGUGCCCCGUACGUCUUCGUCCUUCCCCUGGGCUUCUCCUGGCCCAACUAACACUUCGUUUGUAUGAUACAGAAAUAAAUGAUCUCUCUAAAGAACAAGAGUUGGCUUGA